UUUAAUAAAGUAUAGAUCUUCGGUUUGUUUAGUUGGUACUGCUCAAACAGGGUUAACGUAACCUUUUUAAUUUUCAUUCCUCGCCUCUUUUGACGUGCUUCUUCGUGCAAAAUGACGAAGGGUACAUCUAGCUUUGGUAAGCGUCGGAAUAAGACGCACACAUUGUGCAGACGAUGUGGACGUAGUUCGUAUCAUAUCCAAAAAUCACAAUGCGCACAGUGUGGAUACCCUAAGAAAAAGAUGAGAUCAUACAAUUGGUCGAUCAAAGCAAAAAGGAGGAAGACUACUGGAACUGGUAGAAUGCGUCAUCUGAAAAUUGUCCGUCGUAAAUUCAAGAACGGAUUCAGAGAAGGUUUGCCAAAACAUAAAACUGUUGCUGCUAAAUAAUAUACAAUACAUUCAUCAUAAUGUUAUUAAGCUACAUAACUUUAACAUCCAAUAAAACAAAGUUUUGGAA